AUGGCCAUCCUGCACUCGUGCUGCCUGUGGCGGAGCGUCCGUAAGGGAAGCUUCGCGAGUGUCAUCUACACGCUGAUCUACUUCAGCAUAUCCUGCAUCACGAUGUCCCUGUUUCUGCACGAGGAGCGACGUUACCUGCGAGGGGAAGUCGACAAACCGAUCGGUGAGAGCUUCCUAGAACGGGAUACCAUCUCCGGAGCCACGGUCAAAUUCAACGUGCUGCUGCUCAUCUUCGCCACCUUGGGGGUCCUAUCAUCCCUUCUCGUACUAAUCGGAUUAAAAAUGAAUAACCGUGGCUUCCUUUUGCCCUGGAUUGUGGUUAUGAUAGCUGACCUGUUGGUGGAGUGCGCUCAUUUUAUGUAUCUCAUCGCUAUAGAAACGCUAAAAUUUGAGCCAUUGACGGCGAUGCUGUUUACCAUCGAUUUUUUCAUCAUGUGUCUUAAUAUUUACUGUCUGCUGUGCGUGAUAUCGCAGUACCAGGAAUACAAAGCGGGCCGAGGACAGGCCGAUGACGAUUCGUACACUUGCCCCACCAACAUUCAGUACAGCCCGCCAGCGCCCACCUGCCUGCCUCAGGCCAAGACGACGACGCUCAGUCCCGUGAUCUGUCCGCACUCCAACUGCACCCUCAUCCCGGAGGAAACGCAAAUCAAUGGCACGUUCGUGGGAAGUAUAGCAGGCUCUCCGCUAAGGUCCUUGCCCACGGUGCGUCCACCAAGGAGCACGCUGCUGAAGAAGCACGUCAAGUUUUCGGCCGGCGACAAGCCGAAAGGCUGUUGCACCGGCAUUAUUCACCCGGAGAACAUCAUCAAGGACGGCACCAAACCAAAUGGCCACCUGAUGGCGGCGAUCGAAACCCUGCCGGGUAAGUAA